AUUUUUAAAUCAAUUUAAAAAUAAAAAUAAGUAAAAAUUAACAAGUGCAAUAUUUCAAAAAGUAAAAAUAUGGCCCUAGCAACGAGCUCAGUUAUGAUUUCGAGGAAUUUAUCUUUAUCGGCGCGGACUCUGGCCAACGCUUGCACCUCCCGGCCGGUCCCAAUGCCAUCGACGAAAACAGCGUCGGCGGCGGGCGGCGAGGCGGUGCGGCGCAGCGCGUCGUGCACGCAAGUGGCGGGCGGGCCGGGCCGCCAGCCCGACGCGCCGGUGCUAAGGGUUGAGUCCGCUACCCUCAUACACAAGCGCCAUAGCUCCGGCAAGGCGCACGAUGCCGGCUGCCCCUGCCCCUCGCCCUGCGGGCCGUGCGGCUGUCCCAAGGGCUGCGGCUGCCUCCCGCCGCCCUGCAACCUGCCGCCCAAGUGCAUCCAGUACAUGACUGGCUACUACUACUACCCGUACGGCACAUGGUUCGCCGGCCCCUACCACGUCCAAGGCAUCUGCCAGCCGGUCGGCAAGGACUCGCUGAGCUGCGACGAGGGGAGCGGGUCGCCGCCGGGCCCGCCGAAGGACUGCCGCGAGAAGUCCAACAACUCCAUUCUCGAUUAUUGCAAGAAGAUAAAGAAGCAGUGUUCGCCCGCGAAAGCCAACUGCUCGCGGCCUUCCAGUCCAUCGUGUCCGCCGAAGCCUGCUUGUCCUCCGCCGAAGCCCGCGUGCCCCCCGCCUAAGUCCGCGUGCCCUCCGCCUAAGACCGCGUGCCCUCCACCGAAGCCCGCUUGUCCCCCGGCGAAGCCCGCGUGCCCCCCGUCGAAACCCGCUUGUCCGCCCUCGAAAGCAAAGUCUCUCGAAGAAAUUUGUAAAUCUACAAAGAAGCCCUUCCCGCCGAAUCCCCCGAACCCGCCGAAGGCCAGCUGCCCGCCGGUCGCCAAGUCGAAGUCUUCGAGAGGAAUUUUCGGCGGCAAGGAGGCCGCCUCGUCGUGCCCGUCGACGGUCCUGUAUCAAGCGUUACCCGCGAAGACCGACAAGGCAGCGAAAUCUAUAUUCGAGUUCUACCUGAAGAGUCCGCAGAAGCCGAGCACCGCGCCCGACAGAUUGUCCAAAACUUAUUUCUGACUAGUUUACAUGUGAUUCAUGUUUUGUUGCAAAUAGCUAUACUGCUCACUUCAGAGAAUAAAAAUUAUUUAGCAACA